GUCUUGGCCUUGAAUUCUUAUCUGGUAACACUGCAACAAAACCUCCCUAGCGAGCCCCGUGUUACCUGUUAAUGACCUUAAAUACACCUUCCACAGGCCACGGAGGGUAAUUACAGAGUUGACCAUGAUGAAAGUAGGACAGGGAGGGGAAGGGGAGGAGGCAAUGGGGGGUGGGGGGGGCAUGGAGGUCAAGGAAGGGGGGGAUGGGGAAGGUCUGACCCUCCCCACCAAGUCCCCCUCCACCUCCACCUCCACCACCAAUAGUGUGAAUGGCACCUCCGAACCGCCCAUCCUCAGCCCAGACUCUGCCAUCGUCAUCACCCCCUCCACCCCCUCCCCCCCCGCGUCAACGGCAGCAUCGGACGAGAGUGCCGAGAGGGAGAAGAAGGGAAGGGAAAACAGCUUGAAGUCGAAGAGCGAGGACACAACAUCAUCGGAGGAAGGUUACGAGGAAGAUGACGAGGGAGAGAUGGAGGAGGAGGAGCUAUCAGAGGAGGAGGAGGAGGAGGAGGAGGUUGUUCUCUCCGCAUCCAUGCAGUUUCCUCUCGGCAAGUCAGCAGGAGUCCCCCCACCACCCACCACCACCACCACCACCACCCCUCACCCAUUGGAGGUGGAGGGGGGAGGGGGAGGUCUGGGGGUAACAGUGAGGAUUGAUUCUGCCUCUCUAUGGAAGGAAGCCCCGUGCCCCACCCCGAGCCCUGCCCCGACCCCGACUGCCCCAGCACCCCAAACCCAGAACCCUUCCCCGAAUUCCACCCCGGAUCCUGCCCCGAAAGACCCCCAACCACUUGCCCCGGAAGCACAGAUCACCCCCAAGACUUCCCCGCCCCUGGAAACCCCGAAUCCUGCCCCGAAGUCGACCAUGGAUGCCCCGAACGAACCCCAAGCCGAGGCCCCGAAAACCCCGAAGUCCGACCCGACACCAACCUCGGGAACUCAGAGCAAAUCAUCCGCCCCGCCCCAGGAAAGCCCCAGCCCCGCCAUGGAGGUCAACGGCGGGGCGGACGGGGCAAACGGGGCGGGGGUGUUCGGGGGUGGGGUGGUCCACCUCCCCGAUACAGUGACUAGGCUCGACACACCCCAGGGGGCAGCUGUAUACCUUGUGGGAACAGCGCACUUCUCCCGGGAAAGCCAGGAGGAUGUUGCUAAUACCAUCCGCGCGGUGAAGCCUGACGUGGUUGUGGUGGAGCUCUGCAAGGCGCGCACGGCCAUCCUUCAACUUGACGAGGAGACGAUUUUGCAGGAGUCUCGCAACCUAGACUUCAAGAAAGUUCAAAUGAUCAUGCGUCAACAUGGCAAAAUUCAAGGCGUAUUGUACCUCCUUCUGCUGUCCGUUUCCGCCCAUAUCACCAAGCAACUCGGAAUGGCACCGGGCGGGGAGUUCCGGACGGCCUUCGCUGAGGCCCGCCGCUCUGCCCCAGGGUGCCUGAUACAACUGGGGGAUAGGCCUAUACAAGUGACACUCUCUCGGGCCCUGGCAUCUCUCUCCUUGUGGCAUAAAGUGAAAUUGACCUGGCACAUUUUGACCUCCAAGGAGCCCAUUAGCAAGGAGGAGGUGGAGAGGUGCAAACAGCGGGACUUUAUACUGGAGAUGCUUGCGGAAAUGACUGGACAGUUUCCAGCGAUCAGUGAGGUGUUCGUUAAGGAGCGCGAUCUGUACCUUUGUCGUUCCCUCCAGGUGGCCGCGCACACCCCCCCAGGCAUGGCCCCCAGGGUAGUCGUUGGAGUGGUCGGCAUUGGACAUGUGCCCGGCAUUGUCGAGCGCUGGGGGACUGUUACUGACAGGGAUAUCGCCCCUAUCAUGAGGAUCCCGCCACCCACCCUCUCAAGUCGCAUUUUGAAGACCUCUGCCAAGCUCUCCUUCUACGGCCUCAUCUGCUAUGGGGUCUACCGAUGGGUGCUGCCCCGCCAAGCCCAAGCCGCCCUCGCCUCCACCCUCUCGGCCGCCACAGCUUCGGCCACCGCCUCCGCCCAGACCGCCCUCCAAAGCCUCGUCGAUAGAAAAUAGGGGUUGAAAGAGAUGAGCGACCUCGGCGACACCAGGGAGGAGGAGGAGGAGGAAGAGGAGGAGGAGGGGGUGAUAGGAGGGAAGAGGAAGAGGAGGAGGAGGAGGAGGAGGAGUGCUGUAGUGGGUUAUUGUAGUAGAGGAGGAGGAGGAGGAGGAGGAGGAAGAAGAAGAGGAGGAAGAUGGACCUAUGGAAGAAGGAAGAGAAGAAAGAAGAAGAGGAGGAGGAGGAAGAAGAGGAGAAGAGGAAGAUAGAUGUAUGGAAGAAGGAAGAGGAGGAGGAGGAGGAGGAGGAGAAAGAGAAGAAAAAGA